CAUUGCACUGCUUGUACCUUGACCACUACAUCCAUCUCUCUGUAAUGCAGCAGAUGUGUUCUUCUCAGCCAGCAGCCGAAUGACAGGAAUCCUUUUUCAUAUACAUCUCAUAUACAGGAAGCCACACAGAGCAUGUGGUAGUUCAACCUGAUUUCGCAGCAACGUUCUUCAUGGUAAUUGGCCAACCGUGUGUUUCCAUGCCCGAUAAAGGUCUCGCCCAUAUGCUCCUCGGCGUCGGAGCAUGUCGAACUCGGGGCCUGAGUCCAUAAAGCACCACCUCGGCCAUCCAGCACAGCCAUCCUUUUCAACAUCUUCACCACCAUGUCGUCCCCCAACGGUCUGGUCUGCUUUACCAACUGUUUGUUGCCUUCAGAGGAUGGGAGCCUCAUUGAGCGCGAUCUAUGGAUCGAUGAGCGUCGGGGAGUUGUCUUAGAUUCGCAGAAAACCUUCUUCAUGAGGAGGGAGCGUCCCGAUAGAGUGAUCGACCUUGGAGGCAACAUCCUCAGCCCCGGGUUCAUGGACAUACAGAUCAAUGGAGCCUACGGCUUCGACUUCUCCGUAUAUGACGGAGACGAUGAAGUGUAUAGGAACGGAAUGCGCCAUGUCGCUGAGAAGAUCAUCGAGACCGGCGUAACAUCUCUUGUCCCCACUAUCAUCACCCAAGAAAAGUCCCUCUACCCCAAACUGCUCCACCUCCUGCGCCCCUUUGCAUCCCCUACUACGGCCACACUUCUCGGAUGGCAUGCCGAGGGUCCCUUCAUACAAAUGGCGAAGCGCGGUGCGCACGCCCCGCAAUUCCUGGUGCCCGCGCGCGAAAGCUUCGCCUCAUUCGAGGAGCUGUACGGUGCCCAGAACCUCGUAGACGAAGAGGACUGGCUCAUGGCCGAGGGGAGCGAUGUCGGCGUGCGUAUUGUCACCGCAGCACCGGAGAUCGAAGGCGUCAUGUCUUCUAUUCCGGAGCUGAUCAAGCGCGGCGUCGUCUUCUCCAUUGGGCACAGUAUCGCGACGACAGACAUUGCGACGCACGCCGUGUACCAUGGUGCGCGUCUCAUCACCCAUCUAUUCAACGCGAUGCCGCAGCUGCACCACCGCGACCCAUCCAUCAUCGGUCUCCUCGGAGCGUCGCCCUCGCUCUAUCCGCCCGUUUCUACCCCCGCGUCUCCUGCUUCCCCGGCCUCACCUGCAUCGGGAUCCUCGCACGCCCGGCAGGUGUCGUUGAGCAAGCGGCUCGCGCAGCUGCAGAUUGAGGCUCCGGGCUCCCCGGCGGCUGCUCCGAAGGCGACAUCGGAGGCGUUCGAUGACCAGCAGACGCCGCCACAGACCCCGAUCCUGCGCGCUCUCGCGAACACGGGCGACUUGAACCUGCGGAAGGGCAAGGUCGACGAGUCGUUCGAGCGUCCAUUCUAUGAGCUGAUCGUGGACGGGAUCCACUCGCACCCGAACUCUGUCAGAUUGGCGUAUUCUUCUUACCCGGAGGGCUGUAUUCUAAUUACAGAUGCGAUGAAAAUCUUGGACCCGCAUCUGCAUGACGGUGUGCACGAGUGGCGCGACGGGAAGCGCUUCGUGAAGGAGGGCGACAAGCUCUACCUCGAGGGCACGGACACCCUCGCAGGGAGCGUGGUCACUCUGGACAAGUGCGUGCGCAACUUCUCGCGGUUCACGGGAUGCUCGCUCGGCGAGGCGAUCAAGUGCGCGACGUUCAACCCGGCGAGGUGCCUGGGGAUUGAGAAUAAGAAGGGCACCCUACGCCCGGGCGCAGACGCUGAUUUGGUCGUGCUCGACCGGAAGGGCAAUGUGCAGAGUACCUGGGUCAAGGGUAGGGAGGUUUGGAAGAAGAACUAAUCAAACGGUAGACUGUUCCAGGGACCUCGUCAGUCAUGUAUUCCUAAUUGCUUUAGAUGUUGCAUUGCGUCAUACCAUGCGGCUAGUUCAUGAGAAACUUUGAGAUUCUGUGACAAGUAGGCUCUUCAGAAUGUAACUUACUACAGCCUUCUUCCAGUCACAGCCGAUAUGGCUCUCCAGUCAAAUACUAGGUACGGAGGUUCGUGACAGGAGUUUCAAUUGAACGCGGUGCAUAAUGUAGACUACGUAUUAUGGCCGUUUGCGAAAGAGUUGGCGGUGGCGCAUUUCCGUUAACAAUAAUACCACCACCCGCUCCUCGUCAAACCCAACCCUUUGCUGCACCUGC